CGCCCUGUGAGCUACAGCGCCGCUGCACGGCCUCGCGGGCGAACUUCCCUGCCGCCUUUUCGCGACUCGGCAGCCCCGGUCCCCUGGCCACCAUGCCGCGUUCUUUCCUCGUCAGGAAGCCCUCUGACCCUCGCCGCAAGCCCAACUACAGCGAGCUGCAGGAUUCCUCUCCGGAGUUUACUUUCCAGCAGCCCUACGACCAGGCCCACCUGCUGGCAGCCAUCCCGCCGCCCGAGGUGCUCAACCCCACCGCCUCGCUGCCGACGCUCAUCUGGGACUCCGUCCUGGCGCCUCUGACGCAGCCCCUCGGCCGGGCCCCCGUGCAGCCGCAGGAGAGCCCCAGGGCCGCCGAGCUGACCUCUCUGUCCGACGAGGACAGCGGGAAGGGCUCCCAGCCCCCCAGCCCACCGUCGCCGGCGCCCUCGUCCUUCUCCUCCGCCUCGACCUCCUCCCUGGAGGCCGAGGCCUGUGCCGCUUUGCCGGGCCUGGGCCAACUGCCCAAGCAGCUGACUGGGCUCUCCAUGGCCAAGGACCUCCAGUGUCGCAAGGCCUUCAACUGCAAAUACUGCAACAAGGAGUACCUGAGCCUGGGCGCCCUCAAGAUGCACAUCCGGAGCCACACGCUGCCCUGCGUCUGUACCACCUGCGGGAAGGCCUUCUCCCGGCCCUGGCUGCUGCAGGGCCACGUCCGGACCCACACCGGCGAGAAGCCCUUCUCCUGCCCGCACUGCAGCCGCGCCUUCGCCGACCGCUCCAACCUGCGUGCCCACCUGCAGACCCACUCGGACGUGAAGAAGUACCAGUGCAAGACGUGCUCCCGCACCUUCUCCCGCAUGUCCCUGCUGCACAAGCACCAAGAGUCCGGCUGCUCGGGGGGCCCCCGCUGACCUCCCCACUGCCCCCCAACUCGGGGAGGAAGGAGCCCCUCCUUCCCGCCCCGCGGAGCUCCCUUCUGAGCACCCAUCUGGCUGCGGCCGGCCCUCAGGACUUUGGUGAAGCCGCUUCCCAGUUCUGUGCUGUCCACUCCGGGGCCUGGCGGGCACCGAGAGAGCCUUCCGGUGCCCUUUGCCUGCCUGGAGCCCUCCUGGCAGCCGUGAGGGCCGCGAGCUUGAGCCGGCCUCUGUGUGGGUUUGUGUAUCCAGAGCUGUUUGGAUACAGCUGCUUUUCGCUGCAGGACGAAAGCCGACUGACUGCCUGGGAAGCUCCCAGCCCACUCAGGGGCUCCCACACCCCUACCUCCGCCUUCCCCAGGGAGCCCUCAGGCCACCUUCCCCAAGGUGUGACUGGCGAUGCGGUAGCGCACUCCGGGGGGCGUCCUCUGCCUCUGGGGCAGUUUCGGGACACACGGACAGACAUGUCUAGACCUCCAGAUGCCCCUGAGCCUGGGCAGCUAUUUCAGCCUCCUGUUUGUCAUGGUGACACCUGUCUCAUGGGCAAUUUAACAAUGUCUCAAAAGGGACUGUGAGUAAUGGCCAUCACUUGUCAGGGGCCAAGUGGGGUGCUUCGGCCUGACCAAUGUGUCUCCCAGAACUAUUUCAGGGCCCGACAGGUGGGCCUGGGAGGAAGACGUUUACAUUUUAAAGGUACACUGGUAUUUAUAUUUCAAGCAACAUUUUCUAUAAGGGAACGUUUUGUAUAACUAUAUGUACAGUUUAUUGAUAUUCAAUAAAGUGUUAAUUUAUUA